AUGGAGGAACCCCAGGAGCUUCUAAGUGGGAAGCUCCGGCUCUGCUUCACCCCGGCUGCCCGGACCAGCCUCCUACUGCUCAGGCUCAACGACGCAGCGCUGCGAGCGCUGCAAGAGUGUCAUCGGCAACAGGUUCGGCCAGUGAUUGCUUUCCAAGGCAACCGAGGGUACCUGAGGCUCCCAGGUCCCCACUGGUCCUGCCUCUUUUCCUUCAUAGUGUCUCAGUGUGGCCAGGAGGGCCCUGGUGGUCCAGGUUUGGACCUUGUGUGCCAGCGCCUAGGCAGGUCUGGGCCUAACCGCCUCCACUGCCUGGGUCCACUCAGGGAGCGCCUCACGAUUUGGGCAGCUAUGGAUUCUAUCCCAGCUCCAUCUUCACUUCAGAGACACAACCGGACUGAAGAUGCCAGGGACCGUGAGAGCUGGCAGCAUGUGGGAGACUAUCCUGAAGGAGACACAAUUUUACAGUCACAGAUGGCACUAGAAGAGGUGCCAGAUCCACUGGCAAGCAGCCAAGGACAGUCACUCCCAGGAUCCUCGAGGGAACACAUGGCACAGUGGGAAGUGAGGAACCAGACUCUUCUUCCAAACAGAGAUCCUGAUCGGGCAUUGCCUCCCUCUGCCAGCCAGAAACACGUGGACAAGAAACGUCCAGCGCCUGCAGCUAUGGUAGAAUUAAAACAAAAGAGGCUCAGAACUCUAGCUCCAAGUCCCCUACAAGGACUGCCCAGUCAGGACUUACAGGAGGAAGAUUGGGAGCAAGAAGAUAAAGAUGAAGACAUGGGUCCCAGGCUGGAGCACAGUCCCUCAGUUCAAGCAGAUUCUGAAUCCCCAAGCCCUGAAGAAGUACCAGAUUACCUCCUGCAAUACAGGGCCAUCCACAGUGCAGAACAGCAACGUGCCUAUGAGCAGGACUUUGAGACAGAUUAUGCCGAAUACCGCAUCCUGCAUGCUCGCGUUGCGGCUGCAAGCCAGAGGUUCAUAGAGCUGGCAGCUGAGAUGAACAAUGUUCAGCGUGGAACUCCAGAACACAAGGUGCUGGAAGAAAAGAUAGUCCAGGAAUAUAAAAAGUUCAGGAAGCGGUACCCAGGUUACAGGGAAGAGAAGCGCCGCUGUGAGUACUUGCAUCAGAAACUGUCCCACAUCAAAGGUCUCAUCUUGGAGUUUGAGGAAAAGAACAGGGGCAGCUGAAGCUGACACACGGCUCUUUACCCUCGUGUGAUAUGAAAGAAAAAAGCAGCUAUUAACUAAGAGGACAGUUGUCUGCUGUUCGUAUUGCUGAGUCCAUAAUGGCAAGUAGGAGAGUUGCUCUAGGUUCUUGAGGUUUGGUUUUCAUUAUGACCAUAUUUAAAUUUUUAGGGCAUGGGCACAGUGCCAAGACUCCACAGCUGUGCCCAGGAGUUAUCCAGUAACUGAAAACUAGGCAAAGUAGCAGAGGCUUGGCUUCUCCACCUUUAGUUCAGCCAAGUCAUUUUCGAAUCCUGAGAAAUGACACCGUUUCCAAGACAAGAUACCUUGAGCACAUUAGAAUUUACCUGGUAGCCUCCCUGAAAAAACCUUUGGUAACAAAGCUAAAGGAACUUGUAAUACAACAGGACAUAAUGGGAAAGGGCUUGGGCGUUACCCAUGUAUUAGAAGUGAAUUCUUUUACAAACAUGGCUAAAAAAAUUAAAACUGAUUGCUUCUGUGUCAA